AUGGCUCCAGGGACCACACGCCGGGCAGGAGCCCACAGUCCGCCCGCCCGAGAGCCGGGGGAAGGCAGGGACGCGAACGAGGCGGGGCGAGUCGUGGCUCCAGCACACCUAGAGGACCGAGCCGGCGGUCCUCGGCGGGCCGUCCCUCUCCAUCGCAUCCCAUCCCAUCCCUCGGCGGUCCCCGCCCUUACCUCUGGGCGCGAGGGUGCCGGCUGCGAACGGUGCUGGGGAGCGGCAAGCCGUCUCCCGGCUGGGCUCAGCGGCGGCCAGCGGCAGCGGGGUCGCCCGCCGGGCGGCUGCUCAUGGCUCUCCUCUUCGCGGGCUCCGAGCCGGGACGCAGCUAACGCCCCAGCCCCGCAGCCCUCCUCCCCUCCGCCUCCCCGGCCGCGGACGGAGCCGCCUCCAGCGCCGCCCCGCGAGCAGCCGGGCCAGCGGCAGCCAGCGCCGCCCAGCGCCCGGCCCCGGGGUCGCCGCGCCGCCCGCCGGUCGGCUCCGCGGUGCCAGCCCGCUGUGACGCAGGCCGCCGGGCCCGGGAACUUCCUCCCGCGGAGACCACCCCGCGCCCGGGCCGGCCGCCCAGGACAGCCGCCGGCCGCCGAGGACUUCCUUCAGGGCGCCCAAGAAGAUCUCCCGCCGCUUGCCGGUGGAGCCCCUCCGGCCUCUGGAACGCCCACCUGGCGGCCAGUGCCUGAGGAAUGGACCGGGGCCACUACCUUCCCCAUCCCGAACCCGAGGCUUCCCCGCGCUGGCGGCCGCGCCACAGUCGCAGCUCCACCCCGGGAAACAAGUCUUUCAUUUGAAGACAAGAGGAGUCCCCAUUUUUUGUUGAGAAGAAUGAAUGGGAAUAUGGCAUUAAUGAUGAAGACAGGGUUCCUGAAAUUUAUUCAAGAGCUACAAGAGACAAGACUUCUUCCUUUAAUCACACAAUCUGACUGUGGAAGAACAGACAAGCGUGACUGUGGUACAUGGUCUCAGAGAAGGCUCUGCCUGCCCUGUUCUCAGCAGUGCCCCGUGUGGUGGGAACUGUAACCUGAGAUGACAUAGGACCUCCUGGGAAUGCACCUAUCUGCCCUGCCCUCCAUGGCUCCUUCUCACCGCACAUCUGGUUCUCUUGAUGGGAGGCUUGGCAGAACAACCCUUUAAAACCAUCCCAUCCUCCCUCACCUGCUGUUAUGCAGUAGGUUCUUAAGUGAAUAAAAGUCUUG